AUGGCUAAGAAGGAUAAGAAAUCGAAGGAUGCCAAGAAGGCUCGUACAGCAGAAAAGCAGAAAAAGAACUUAUCCAAAGCUGAGCAAAAAAGUAAGAAACUUUCGAAGAAAUUAGGUGAAGAAGAGGAGGAAGAACAAGAUAUAGAUGAAAUUUUAGAACAAUAUGCCAAGGAGCAAGAAAGAUUUCAGGCUAUUACCGUAGAAGUAUGCAAGAGGCCAUCUAAAAGAUUAAACCCAGCUAUGGUUUCCAAUCCAGCUCAAGGUAAAAGAGAAUUGAUCUUAUUUGGAGGUGAGAAUACUGAAGGUUCAAUUUCACAUUUUUACAAUGAUUUGUAUACUUAUUCAAUUGACAAUGAUACAUGGAGGAAGAUCUCGUCGAAGAAUUCACCAUUGCCACGUUCAUCGCAUGCUAUGUGUGCACAUCCGUCUGGAGUGAUUUUGAUGUUUGGGGGUGAGUUUUCAUCUCCUAAGCAAUCGACUUUCUAUCAUUACGGUGAUACUUGGAUUUUAGAGGCUGACACUAAAGAAUGGACUAAAAUAGAUCAAAAAAAAGGCCCAUCUGCGAGAUCUGGUCAUAGAUUAGCAUGCUGGAAAAAUUAUAUCUUGAUGCAUGGUGGGUUCCGUGAUUUGGGAAAUAUGUCUACGUACAUGAACGAUUUAUGGUUAUUUGACAUUACUUCUUAUAAGUGGAUUCAGGUAGAAUUUCCUCCAAAUCAUCCUAUUCCUGAUGCUAGAUCGGGUCACUCGUUGAUUCCAUGUGCGGAUGGUGCCGUCAUAUAUGGAGGCUACUGUAAAGUUAAGGCUAGAAAAGGUUUGCAGAAAGGUAAAGUGUUGACAGACUCCUGGAUGUUGAAAAUGAAAUCGGACCCAAGCGCAAUUAGGUUUGAAAGAAGACGUAAACAAGGAUUCGUUCCAUCGCCUCGUGUAGGUUGCUCACUUGUGUUCCAUAAAAAUAGAGGUAUUUUGUUUGGUGGUGUCUAUGAUUAUGAAGAAAGUGAAGAACAAAUUGAUUCAGAAUUCUAUAACAAUUUAUACUCAUAUCAAAUCGAAACUAAUAGAUGGUAUAAUUUAUCAUUAAAGCCGCAGAGAAAACAAAAGCAGCAGGUUAAAGAUAAAUCAAGAGACGAAGAUUUAGAAGAUAUCUUAAAUUCGAUUUUAGCUAAGGCAAAAUUGAACGAUGACGAUGAUGAUGAAGACACUCAUGAAUUAUCCCAAAUUGAAAAGUUGAAAGAAGAAGAAGAACGUGAAGAAGAAAAUGAAA